AUGGCAGGCAGUUGCAACUUGGUGUUGCAGCUGGCACUAAUGUUGUUGCUUGGUGCAGCAGCAACAUCGAGAGGGGAGUCCACCACGGAGACCCCAUCGGCCCUGUUGCCCUUGGAGGCAAGAAGCGCCGAUGUUUCUGGAGAGGAGGACGUCAUCUCCACCAGCUAUGUGCUGCCCAAUCAGAUCUUCAACGAGGGAAAACCCUACUAUGCUCGCCAGGAUCCCGUGUCGGGUCAGCUGGACUUCAGUGCCAAGAAACCAGCGGGUAUACAGCCGGAGGCCAACGAGGUGGUGGAUCCCAACGAGAAGAUUGUGCUUAGCGGAGGAAGUUCACCCAACAUACACGACUUCUUGAACCUGCCGGUGAAGUACUCCUCGUCGAAGUUUGUCUAUCCACUCGUCUCCAGUUCGUAUGCCAAUCUGAAGUACCAGGGAAGCAACAAGAACUACAUCACCAACAAGAAACCUACUUCUGUGGUGGCUCCAGUCACUCCACCACCCCCCAACUAUCACAGCUCGAACUAUUUUACGGUGCCAACUACUAAACUUACUGCUGUAACACCCACGGUAGGAGCUUACUAUCCCAGUAGUCCCAGCACCACCACAAGCACGAGUACCUCCACUUCCACCACAACAACCACUACGACGACGACUACUCGGGGAACCAGGAGACCAGUUAGCACCACCACAACCACGGAGGCCACGAGUCCGGUGGCCAAGUAUACCACCACCUCCCGACGACCCAUUCCUCUGCAGACUGUCUCAACCACGCAGCAACCACCGAGGACUAGCACCACUCGCAAGAAGUUUGUGCCCACCAAAAAAUAUAGCCCCACUGUGCCCAGCACCAGUCAGUCUCCGGUGAAGCCAUCUCCAAGACCCACUCCCAGCAGCAGCGAUGAGGCCCUGACCACCCAUCAUGCCACACCACAGGCGGCCAUCUUUCCCACAGAGCCCUCGACAACCACCAAGAUGUACACCACCUCGAGCACAAGUCCACCUGUGGUGUUCACCGAAGGACCCACGCCACCGCCCGCCUUCAGUCCCAUUCCGGGAACUGGUAUUCCCAACCUGGAUCCAGCCGAUGUUUACCACACGCUGGGGCAGAAGAACACUCAGGCCGAGGAGCAGCAGCAGCAGCAACUGGAGAAGCAGCAACUUUUGCAGCAGCAACAGCAAAUACAGCAUCAGCAAUAUCAGGAGCAGCAGCAACAGCUAUAUCAACAGCAGCAAUAUCAGCUGCAGCUGGAGAAGCAGCAACUGGAAAAGCAGAAAUAUCCAUACCAGCAGCAACUGGAAAAGCAGCAGCAGCAGCAACAGCAAAAACAACAGCAACAGCAACAGCAACAGCAACAGCAACAGCAACAGCAACAGCAACAGCAACAGCAACAGCAACAACAACAGCAACAGCAACAGCAUCAGCAGCAGCAACAUCAGCAGCAACAGCAACUUCAUCAACAGCAGCAACAUCAGCCUCAACCGCCAACUCAGCAACAGCAACCAACUCCUCCCAAAUCCCCCAUGACCCUCAGCGAUAUAUUCAACAGUCUGGCAGAGGAAGAAUCCAAUGUGGCACAAAACUACCAGCAAAACCAGGGAUUUGAUGCCCAGGGUAAUCUCAUCCAGCCCAUCGCACCAUCCAAACCAUCACCCUUCGCCAUGCAACAGCCAGGUUCUCAGCAGCCAGGAUCCCAACAGCAACGACCCAAUCCCAACGAGCAGAAGGUGAUCUCCGGCAGUCAGGAGAACUACAGCAACGAGUACGUCUCCUACCAAGUGCAGCAGCCCAACAUGAUGCAAUACCGCCCAGUGCCUGGCCAGAUCAACAACGUGGUCAUCUCACCGGGCCAGCAAUCAGCCUCCUUUGUCCUCGGCAGUCAAGUGCAACAGGUUAGUGUGGGUCACCCAAGCAUGGAGAAGGAACCUCUCUUCGCCAAAGACACUCCGGGAGUGCAAUAUGGUCAGGUGAUCAACGAAGAUAUUGGCAACAUCAAGCGCCCACUUAAGGAACAAGUGGCCCAGCCUUCGAACUACCAACAGACGCCCAGCAUCCAGCAAAACUCCAACUUCCAUCAGAACGGAAAUGUGGCCACUUCUGGAGGCCCUGGAACGAUUUCCUACCAAGAGCCAGCACCAGAGGCACCUAGUCCCUAUCAGCAGUUGCCUCUGAUCGGUUCCAAUAAGCGACCUUCCAAGAAACCAGUGGCCAAGCCAGAGCAGGCUCCACAUCUCGCCUACCCACCACAAACUUCAACGCCUCCCCAAACGCAGCCCACACCGUCGGCUGCGAUGCAGGGAGAUGACACCAAGGAGCUGCUGGUCUCCACCAAUAUUCGGUUCCCCGCCCAGGGAGAAGAACUGGAACUGUCCUCCUCCGCUGUGAUGCAAGGUCCUCCGGCAGGACCCCAAAUCAACGGUCAUGCUCAUCCCCUAAGUCUGCAGCAAAUUCAAAACUCCAAUCCUGUUGUCUUCCCCAAGGGCAAGGAUGAAGCCGCCCCUGGCAGUGCUAAUGUGCAGAUCCAGCAGCAUGAAGUGCUCAACUUGAGCCAGCAGAAACCACCAUUGAAAUUCCCUGCUCAGCAGCCAGGACAAGGCGAGCUACCUUCACUGGACAUGGAACCACCACCGCGUUAUCCCACUACUUUGCCAGUGCCUCAGGCACCUCCAACUCCUGGCAAGCGACCAAUGGGACCAUCACCACAGUCCAAUUUCUAUAAUGAGUUCAAUCGGAAGCCCCAGAAUGGACCACGUCCCAGUAACCUGCCCAACAUUUUGCCACAGUUCCGUCCGAAUGCCAAGAUAUCCAGCGGACAUCCUCCCAACUUCAAGCAGGAACUGGGCAACAUCCGUCUGCCCCAGCAACAAGGUCCUGGUCCUAAACGUCCUUACAAUCCCUCAGUGCCACCCCAGUUUGCCCAUCGUCGUCAGCCACUGCAUCAACAGCAACAGCAGAUGAUGCAGAAGCGUUAUCCCAUGAAUCGCAUCUCGGAGUACCCCGUGGGUCCGAGUUCAGGAGUAGGUGAUGUCAACAGGAGGGUUUACAGACUGCCCCCGUAUGGUGGCCAGAAUGUUCCCUACCUGCCCGAUCACAUGUAUCCCCGUCGUCCCCAUGGACCUGGUCCACUGAGAUCUGUUGAUGGCUACCCCGCCGAGCGACAUGCUCCCUCAGCGGAACCCUACAAGACCAUUGAUGCCGAGGCAGCUGCCGACUUCGAGGAGGAGGAUCUGGUGAUCAACGAUCCGCCACAGCCAGUUACCCCCGGCAAGGAACGCCAGGGAGUGGAGGACACGAAACUGGAGCCAGUGGUCACCCUGCAAAUGCUACAGUCCCAGAAGAAGGCUGUAAGUCUGCCAGGCGAUGAUACGGGUGCGGGAGAGAUCCAGGUCACAGCCGAAAAUGAUCCCCAGGAGGCUGAGGCCUCUAAGCUCAGCCAGCAGAAGCUAGAUCCCAGCGGAAUGUAUGUGGUUUUUCCAAUGAAGAGUGCGGAAAAGGGGCAAGCGGCGGGAGAAGCUCCCUCAGCCCCGGCAGAAUAUCAGAACACUCCGUUUUCCGUGAUCCGCGAUCAGCCACAAGAACCCAUUCUAAAGAACAAGAAGCCCCAGUCGCUGCAGCAGCAAAACAAAGUGCAGACGGUGCCCAAGGAGAAGUUCCCCUAUCCCAUCGAGAAGCCAGAUCCCUCAUACUCAGAGCUUCAUCCCGAUGCCCAGGCUGCUAUUCCAGGAGUGCUGGUGGCUCCAAGGAUCAUAACCGGUGCUCUGGGCACUGGCACAGAGACACCCAUCGCCAUUGCCUACACACCCACUGAACCGAAUCCUUUCCGUCACGAACAGGGUCAGAAGUUCUCCAACAUCAACCUGGCCACGUCGGUGAUCAAUGAGAUCCGCCAGGACACCCAAACGGAGGAGGGUCUGAGCAGCGACUUCGAUCUGCGCGGUCAGAAUUUCGAGAAGGACUUUAUGGCGCCAUUCUAUCCAAGUGUGAGCCUAGGUGCUGGUGCCAGUGGACCUGCAGUUGUAAAUCCCGCUGCGCCUAGUAACUGGAACAUUGUUCCUUCUACCACGGAUCAGGCGGUCUACGAGAAGAACAACAUAAACCGAGCUGAUGUCGAGACCACAGAGGAAAAGAAAGCUGACGAGGAGCAGCCCACAGCCAGUCCGUUGACAGCGGAGAAGCCCUCGGAGAUGGACAGCUUCCAGCCACAGCUUCAGGGUGGCUUCAAGCCCAUCUACCCGCCGGGUUACAAGCACGUGGAGCAGGUGGAACAGGAAGAGAUCGCAGGGGCCAAGAAUGCUGCCCAGGAUCAGCCAAUUGCAUUGGCUCUGGUGGGCACCACAGCAAAGCCUUUGACUGCAUCACCGCCAGUCAGUAGCAGUAGCAGUUCCACCUCAACAUCCUCUAGCACCUCCACGACCUCAACGACUCACCAGCCUGGAAUAACCAAGUCGGAUGCCACAUUGGCCACAACCAAGGCGCCGGUGGUCAGUGCAAAGCCCACGCAGCGCAAGAAGACCACUUUUGAGACGAGUCUGGCGGCCCUGCUGUUCGGGGACGAGGACGAGGAGGAUGGAGCACGCAAGUCGGCGGAGCUUCCAAAGGCCCAGGCUGGUCCCAGGAAUGUGCCACGCAUGGGACCCCGGAGUCUGACGCUGAGCUAAAUGGGAAAUAGGAGCCCCCAAAACUAGUGUAGUCCAAUUUUAGUUUGUAUUAUUUAUUCAAAGUUUAUGAGACAGCAGGGAUAAGCCCCGCUUAGAGGUAGACCAUGUGGUAAUCUAGUUCUGUUCUACAGCUUAUAGUUCGUAAGCUCACCAUCCAGAUAAAUAGACCAUCGCCUCCAACGAGCCAACCACACCCCACAAUCCCAGCGACUUUUGCGAGUCUGAUUUGAAAUGCGAAUGUUUUGAACUUUCUCAUUGGACUCCCGAAUCGUCGGAAAUGAGAUAAAAGCUUUUUG